CAUCCAGACUUGCAACCAUCUUCGCUCUGAUGCAGCAUUGAAUAUGAUAUUUCAUCGCCAAAGUCCUCACUUCAUCGCGAGCCAGCCUGCAGGAAGGCUAUGGCCGUGAAGAAAGCUGCAUCGAAGCUACUCAAGAAAGCGCCUACUCUCACAAAUGUGAACCUCGCAUCACUAUGUGGAUUGCUCGGCCUCGCAAAGUCGGGGCCGAAGCCUGCACUCACGGAUCGAUUCGAGGCUGGGAUGACCCAACCUCGCAUUCAGUGGAAGAAUAAUUGUGCGCGGAUCCUAAGCAUCGACAUGGGCAUCAAAAACUUGGCAUAUUGCAUCGUUGAUGUCAAACUGGAAUCUCUGACUCAGCCUACGAUAUCUUUGCAAGUUGAGAAGUGGCAACGCUUCGAUCUGACGAAGCUCGAAGGCGCAUCAACCGUGUCCACCACCGAGAAUAAAUCUGCGCUUCCAGGGCAAGAAUCAGUACCGGACGACAUUUUCUACCCACCAUCACUGGCAACUAGAGCCUAUGAUCUUUUGAAAAACCAGCUUCUUCCUAAUGAGCCAUCGAUUGUUCUCAUCGAGCGACAGCACUUCCGCCAAGCAAAUGGCUCUGCUGUGCAGGAGUGGACCAUCAGAGUCAAUAUGCUUGAAAGCAUGCUUUGGGCAGUCUUGGAAACACUGAAUCGUGAGUCAGGAAGUGGUAAAGCUUUGCCUAGAUUCAAUGCAUUUCCUGUGGCGCCUAAAGCCGUGGGCCAGUUUUGGGUCGACAGCAGCACGUGCCAAACGGAAUCAACGUGUGCUGAGGUCGGCAAAGCACGGAAGAAAAAGAAGAUCGAGAAGAAAGACAAAAUCGCUGUAGUUCGAGAGUGGUUCUCAGCAGAUACAUACGUAUACUUUAUACCACCUCGCAAAUCUGAAAGUAGCAUGACAGUGAACGAGCCCAUCGAGAUUACCUUUUCGAAGCAGGCCGAACGAGUACGCAAUGCGUUCUGCGCGGGUGCUCGAAGGAAGAAAAAACUCGAUGACAGUGAGGUAACAGAUCCGGACUUGGACAUGACCAAGAAAGACGAUCUUGCAGACUGCUUUCUACAAGCUGCGGCAUGGGUUGCGUGGGAGCAGAACCGACUCAAAAUUGAUAAUCUUGUAAAACAAGGGGUAGAUCGAACAAGCUUGUUACCGACUCUGAUUACUUGUUCUUGAGGAUGAUUAUCAUGAUGUUACGUAGCUUCGAGCAUUAUACAUAUGAGGUGUGGCAUUCGGUUCUAUGUAUUGAUGGUAUUCGAUGUUUAUUACCAACCAUAAGCGGUUAUCAAGUAUAGUCAUAUGGUCUUGACAGUGCAUGAGGCAAGUAUCAAAAGUUAUCUUUUGGUCAAAGACUACAGCUUCCCGGUCGCGUCAAGUUUCGUUUGUAGAAACACGAACGAACCUUACAUGGUCUGGCAGCGCAAUAUGCUCCGG